UGUGAUUUUUCCGUUUCAAUCACAUAUUCCGGCGUUGAAACCGUGUUUUGCAAUGAUCACCAAAAUAUUACUUAGGGAGAGAGGGGUGGUUUCAAUGUAAAUAUUGUAGCCUCCUUCUCAAAGAAACCAAAUUUUGUAAACAUGUCGUCUAACCAAGGAAGAAGAGUCGAACAGCCUAACAAACCUUCUAAUGUUCUCAAUGAAAAUGAAAAUAAUAUUGUCUUUGGUUUGUUGGGAAAACGUUGUACGUCUCUUGCAACGGCCGUAGUUCAGCUACACUUAGCUUUACCCAAGUCGCAGGACAGAUGGACAAAACAACAUUGUGGAGUUGCUUGUUUUGUCAAAGACAACCCGAAAAGAUCAUAUUUUAUUCGAAUUUUUAGUUUCCAGGAGCGUAAAAUGGUGUGGGAACAAGAAAUUUACCAUAAUUUCAAAUACCUCACCCCAAGAAAUUACUUUCAUACAUUUGUUGGAGAUAAAAGUCAGGUUGGGCUAAAUUUCUGUGAUAGAGAGGAGGCUAACAGUUUUAGAGAGGAGGUUGAGAAGAAACUGAGGGCAAAGGAAAAUCGGAGACAUGAAAGAAGGCAAACCCGAAGAGAGCCAGCUCCUCCUCCAGCACUUGGUGGUGAUAUUGAUGUCAAAAACAGACCUAGUAGAAAUUCCAUUACCAUAGACAAUAAUCAAUCAUCUGGGCGAGUUUCUCCAUCACCAUCAGUCUCAUCCAUUGAUAAGAAGAGUGCAAAAAAGGAUAAAAACAAGAAAAACAAGAAUAAAAAACAGAGGAUUACAAAAGAUGAUAUUGGAUUGCCUAGCAAUUUUCAGCAUGUUGGCCAUGUAGGAUGGGAUCCACAAGAAGGAUUUGAUAUAAAUAAACUUGAUGACAGCUGGAAAAUGAUUUUCUCCAAAGCUGGUGUUACAGACUCUGAAUUAGAGGAUCAAGAAACUGCCAAGUUUAUUUACGAUUUUGUUGAAAAACAUGGUGGUGUUGAAAAUUUCACUGGCCGAGAUCUUCCACCUCCUCCACCAUCUUCUGAUAUGCCACCACCCCCUCCUGCUAGAGGCAAUGGACCACCAAGAGGUGCACCCCCACCACCACCACCCUCUCGAGGUUCAUCUGCACCACCACCUCCUCCACCUUCAAGAGGAUUUGGAUCAGGCCCACCACCCCCACCACCCUCUAGAGGAGGACCUCCCCCACCCCCAUCUAGGGGUGCACCACGUGGUCCCCCAAUGGGAGGUGGAGCACCACCUCCACCACCUCCUCCCCCAGGUGCUCCUGCACCCCCUCCACCACCCCCAAUGAUGUCAAGUGGAGGAGGGCCACCCCCUCCUCCACCUAGUGGUGGUAGAGCAGGUCUACUGUCUCAAAUACAGAGUGGUACAACCUUAAAGAAGGUUGAUGCAAACAGUGACAGAAAUAAUAGUUCUGGAGAUGGUCGUACUAACUUACUCAGUGACAUCAGAAGUGGUGUUAAAUUGAAAUCGGUGAGUCAAGAUGAAGGAACACAAAAAAGAAAUUCAGAUGCAGGAUUGGAUGGAAUUGCAGGUGCAUUAGCAAGAGCUUUACAAGAGAGGUCUAAAGCAAUCCAUUCUUCAGAUGAAGAUGAUGAAAGUGGUUCUGAUUUUGAAGAUGAGGAAGAUGAAUGGGAUGAUUAAUUAAAUUUCUUAUUGGAAUACUGUAUGUAAAAUAAAGCAUUUUCUCAAUCAAAUACAACUGCAAGGAAACAAAUUUUACAUUUGAUAUAUUACCCACUCUUUUAAUUUUUCAUGUAUUAAUUAUAGAUAGAAAUAUAGUAAGGCAAAUAAUAAAUAAUAGCAUGUUUACAGAAUAUAUCAGUAAUGUCUGUAUUGGACACAGAUCUAGAUAUGAG